AUGGGCUGGUUCGGAAGCUCCGCUCCUGAGAAGAAGAAAAACUAUGACGAGGAUAUGAAUGACGGCGCUGGCGGUGGAUAUGAUAAGUACGAUACAGGCUCUUCCGCUGGUUCUUCGGCGCCACCACCACUUGGAGGAGGACUCGGAAAUGCAAGCGCGAUGCCAUCAAUGAGCGAGGACUUGGGAGCUGCUUCUAUGCCAGGAAAUGUUUCUCAGGCUCUUGGUAUGGUCAAGCAACAAUUGAAACAGCAGCUCGCUCAGGCUCACCAACAAGCUCUCAUGGAAGCGAUCAACAAAAACUGCCUCGAAGCUUGCGACCCAGAUGGCUCCAGCAGACUCCAGACAAAAUGCGUCGAAACAUGCGCCGCUAGAUACAUUGACGCGUGGAACCACGUGUCCAAGAGUGUGCGAAAUGCGCAGUCCUAG